AUGGAGUGGCAACCUCAAGAUGAGCCAUUGAGGCAGCUCUCGGGCUGUCUCAAAGAUUCUUUAAACGCUUAUAAUCGCACAGCCCAAAAGCAGGCUGAACAGAUGCUAGUACAAGCAACCUCGUCACCGGAUUAUGUGAACUAUCUUACAUACUUGUUCUCCACGCCGCAGGUCCCUCCUGCGGUGUCCAUGGAUGGCGAGACCUACAACUACGUGCGGUUCGCAGCCGCGAUGAACCUGAAGACCAAGAUCCACUUAGCAUACAACACAAUUCCCCAACCGAGUUUGUCCUACAUCCAGUCGGCCACCUUUAUUGGUCUCCGCGACGCAAACAACCAGGUCCGCAACUCCGCGGGCAGCAUUAUCACCGAAUUGGUCUCACAAGCCGGCUUGUUGGCUUGGCCCGAAGUCCUCCACCAACUCCUCUCCCUCGUGGAUAAUAGCUCCCAGGAUGCCCCCGUCAUGGUGCAGGAAGCCGCCAUGUCCGCGCUGGCCAAGGUCUGCGAGGACAACCGUCGCAUCCUGGACCGGGACUACCAGGGCCAAUGCCCCCUGGACGUGAUCAUUCCGAAGCUCCUGGAGUUCACCUCAAGCCCCAGUUCCAAGGUCCGAUCCUUGGCGCUGAGCACCAUCCACGUUUUCCUGCCUCACCGCCCCAAAGCCCUGAUCGCCUCGAUGGACCUGUUUCUCUCGCAGCUGUUCCAACUCGCCAACGACCAAAGUACCGAUGUGCGACGCGAGGCCUGCCAGACCUUUGCGCAGCUCGUGGACUUUGCGCCCGAGAAACUGAUCCCCCACAUGGAGGGCCUGGUCAACUAUAUCAUCAUGCAGCAACAGAACCAGGAGGAUCCCGAGCUGGCUCUGGAUGCCGCAGAGUUCUGGCUCGUGGCCGGUGAACAGGCGAAGCUGCAGCAACCGCUGGCCCCCCACAUGUCGAAGAUCGUGCCGGUGCUCCUGCAGAAUAUGGUCUACGAUGAGGACGAAGCCAUCCGCCUGACGAACGAGGGCGACGACGCCGAUGAGGACGACCGUGCGGAAGAUCUCAAACCGCAGUUCGCCAAGUCCAAGGGCGCCCGCAUGGAUGGGUCGAAGACGGAGGCGCAGGCCAACGGCAAUGCGCCGCCCGCGGCGGAGGACGAGGAUGAUGAGUUGAGUGAAGGCGAGAUCGAAGAUUCCGAGUUCGGGGACGACCCCGAGGGCGAGUGGACCUUGCGGAAAUGCUCCGCGGCCGCCUUGGACAUCUUCGCCAACGUCUACCACCAGCCCAUCUUCGAAGUCAUUCUGCCCUACCUGAAAGAGACCAUUCGCCACGAGCAGUGGCCCCAGCGCGAAGCCGCUGUCCUCACCCUGGGUGCCGUGGCUGACGGAUGCAUGGAUGCCGUCACCCCCCACCUGCCCGAGCUGGUCCCGUAUCUGAUUUCCCUGCUGAACGACUCGCAACCCGUCGUCCGGCAGAUCACCUGCUGGUGCCUGGGUCGGUACUCCGAGUGGGCCUCGCACCUGGCGGACCCCUCCGAGCGAGCCCGUUUCUUCGAGCCCAUGAUGGAGGGCAUCUUGCACCGCAUGUUGGACAACAACAAGAAGGUCCAGGAGGCGGCCGCCUCGGCCUUUGCCAGUCUGGAGGAGAAGUCCGAUGCGAACCUGAUCCCGUACUGCGAGCCGAUCCUUCGCCAGUUCGUCCAGUGCUUCGGAAAAUACAAGGAUCGCAACAUGUACAUUCUGUACGACUGCGUGCAGACUCUGGCGGAGUGCGUCAUGACGGAACUGGCCAAGCCCCACCUGGUGGAAAUCCUCAUGCCCGCGCUCAUUGAUCGGUACAACAUGGUGUCGGAUCAGUCUCGGGAGCUCUUCCCUCUGCUGGAGUGCUUGGGGUACGUCGCUGCCGCCUACGGCGAUGCCUUUUCGCCCUUCGCGGCCCCUCUUUUCCAGCGGUGCACCAAGAUCAUCUACGAGAAUCUCCAGGGGUACAUGGCUUCGGUGAACAACCAGGCGAUCGAUGAGCCUGACAAGGACUUCCUCGUCACGAGCUUGGACUUGCUGAGUGCGAUCAUCCAAGCUAUCGAUCCGCGCAAGAGUGGCGAGCUGGUGAACGGCUCGCAGCCCCGGUUCUUUGAUCUUCUCUGCUUCUGCAUGGAGGACCCCAACUACGAGGUUCGCCAGUCAUCAUACGCUUUGCUGGGUGACUGCGCCAUCAGCAUCUUCCCCCAACUCGAACAGUUCAUCCCCAACGUGGUUCCUAUCUUGAUCAAGCAGCUCGAUCUUGACUUGAUCCGGGACGAUGAUCGCCACACGGGAUUCAGUGUCCUCAACAAUGCCUGCUGGUCCUGCGGAGAGAUUGCCGUCAACGAGAAGGCGGCCUUGUCACCGUACGUGGAGAAGCUGUACCACGGCUUGGUCGCUAUUCUCAACAACGAGGAGAUCAUUGACUCGGUGAUCGAGAAUGCCGCCAUGGCGCUGGGCCGACUUGGGAUCUGUUGCUCGGAUCAGCUCGCUCCGCACCUGGGCGAGUAUGCCGGGGUGUUCUUGAAGUCGAUGAGUCGGAUUGACUUCACGCGGGAAAAGGCAUCUGCCUUCUUGGGCUUCAACCAGGUCGUCAUGAAGAACCCGCAGGCUAUGGAGGCAUCUCUGGUCCAAUACUUCCAGGCCAUCGCAUCCUUUCCGGCCAAGACGAUCAGUCAGGAGGACUACCGUGAUAUUCAGAGCUCUUUCCAGCAGGUCCUGCAAGGCUACAAAAAUAUGAUACCCGAUUUCGAUUCCUUCCUCUCGCAACUUCCGGCCCAUGUUGCGCAGAAGCUUCGUUCUGUAUACCAGGUUUAG